AUGCUAAAGUCUUUUUUACCGACUGAACGUUAAUUUUUGCGUACACCGUUUCUUCUAAUUGCAUUUACAGAUUUAAAAGUCCUCCUCGACAAUUUAAGUAUAGACAGUAUUGUAAACGGAGGAGGAAUUUUAAAUCUGUAAAUGCAAUUAGAAAAAACGGCAUGCGGCAUAUAGCCAUUAGAUCUAAAUUUCUUUGUAAGAAUCUUCUAAAAUAGUCACGUGGUCGAUCGCAUCCCGCCUGAUCCCACUCACCGACUCGCGGUAGUCGCUGGUCGCGGUCUGUUGCACAUGCGCGUAGAAGUGCCGCAUGUGAUCCGAUUAGAAUUUUCUCCAAUUUAAUCUUCUGUUGUCACGAUAAGACUUUAACUUGUUUCAAUAUAAAACUUUGUAAUAAUGCAAACACGUGUAGUACGACAUGUAAAAAAUUAAAGAAACAUUUGAAUUAGCAAUAAAAUGCCAGUUACUUAAAUGACUAAACUUGUGCGAGGUUAUUCGAAAAUGUAUAACGCUUCUAACGCAUACGAAACGACAGUGAAACAAGGCAGUAUACCUUGUUUAUGCACGGAACUGAAUCUUGCUCUCACGUUGCACGGUGGCCAGAGUUUUAGAUGGACAGUUUGCGACACCGGGUAUAGAGGUAUCUUUAACGGAUGCAUUUGGACUUUGUCUCAAAAUAAAACUCAUCUCUUGUACACUGUACAAGGACAAUUGAAGGAUUCUGUAAAUUAUGAUAACAUUCUAUCAGAGUAUUUUAGGCUGUCAGUAUCAUUACAGGAUUAUUACAAAGAGUGGGCAAAAGCAGAUGCACACUUUCAAAAGUGUUUAGAUGAAAAUAAUGCUGUUCGAAUAUUGAAGCAAGAUGUCAUAGAGAAUUUAUUCUCGUUUAUCUGCAGUUCUAAUAACAAUAUAUCAAGGAUAUCAAAUAUGGUUGAAAAAAUGUGUUCAUUGUUUGGUCGUAAAAUAUGUUCAAUCGAAGAUAAAGAGUAUUACGAUUUUCCAACGAUAGAAGUUUUAAAGAAAAAACAUGUAGAAAGUAUAUUAAAAAGAGAAAAAUUUGGCUAUCGUGCUGCAUAUAUAGUUAAUACGGCAGAACGUUUAUCAGCCUUGGGUGGAAAGGAUUGGCUUUUGAAUCUGCAAAGGGAGAAUGUUUCUUAUCACAAUGCUAGAGAACAAUUAAUGACUCUGUCAGGAAUUGGACCUAAAGUUGCGGAUUGCAUAUGUCUAAUGUCGUUAGGCCAUUUAGAUGCUAUACCUGUUGAUACUCACAUUUUCCAAAUAGCACAAGCAAAUUAUUUACCACACUUGAAGAAACAAAAAACAGUUACCCCAAAAAUUCAUACUGAAGUAAGUAAUUAUUUACGAGAAUUAUGGGGUCCAUUAGCUGGAUGGGCACAAGCUAUUAUGUUUUCUACAAAAAUUAAUAUAAAAUCUAAACCAAUUGGAAAGAAAAAACAUAAAAAUGACAAUAGUGAAAAUUUAGUCCAAGCAAAAAUGCUCAAGGUAACUUGAUCAUUGUGACAUCAUCGCGUUUAUUUUCACAAACAAUUCAAGUUAUGUAAAAUAAUUUUAUCUAAAUUUGUAAAAAAGUCGUCUUGACUAUUAUAUCUUUUUAAAAAGAAAUUAUUUUGUAUAAUUUACGUAUUGCCAAAAUUGAUGGAUGAUACAAUAUUAUUUCUGAUACUGUGUAUUCAAAUAUACUUUAUUAAAGAAAUUAUUUUUGGGAGAAGAGAUAACUUAGCUUUUUAUAUUAAUAUCCACUCGCACCAAGAAAGAUAAUUGUUUGAAAAUACUUAAAGCAAUUAUUUUACAUUCAUAUAUAGGAUUAUUCUUUUUAUUUUGUACGUUUAUCUAUGUUUGUACACAGUCAACAAUGUAUUAUAAAAUUGAAUGUAUGUUAUGUUAUUUAUUACAGGCCUAUGUAUCACUAAAAAUGUUUUUUCUUCUUUAUUCCAAGUCCAACAAGAGCAAAGUCAAAAUCAUCUAAAAUAAUAUACUUUGCAGGAAAUUCGAGGUCUUCAUUAUCACAAUCUGUCAAUGCACAAUACCUAUAAAUUAUUGGUAUACAUUGUUUAUUUACAGACAUUUAAGAAACAAAGAAAAUCUGUUGAAAUUACCAAUAGAUUUUUGUAGGAUAUCAGCAAAGAUAUUUUGGGUAAGAUAACGCAAACCAGGAAAUUUUUUUGAUAAAUGUGCCUUUUGCGAAGGUGACAAGACUGCGAGACAAGUAGUUUGUAGAGUUACUGGUAUUGAACAACUAUAGGUUAAUUUCAUUACACACUGAGCCAUUGUUGAGCUUAUUAAUGGAUAAAGCAUAACGUUGUUUAAAUUUGUAAAAGCCACACCUAUGAAGGGAUCAAAGUUACAUCUUUAAACUAAUAUUUGGUAAAAUGUUUUACUGCUUACCCAAUGGUUUGCGAUCGACAAAAAAUUGUAAUGUGCCCAUCCAAGUAUCGAGAUGUAUCCCUACCAAGUUAUCCUGACCAAAUGUUGUCCCAUAUUCACAUAUUUUACCAUCGUGCUGUAAAUAUCCUUUAUAUGAAAAACCCCAAGAUUCUCGAUCUCGUCCAAGCAGAGCACAAAAAUUCGCAUCUGAAUCGUGAAGUUCUGCAUUUGGAGUUCCUACACCAACCAUCUAACAAUGAAAAUGACACUAAAAUGACCUGAAAAGAUUAUUAAUAUCUAUUGUCAAUAUAGAUGAAGCGAGAUAUCAAAUAAACUUACUACAUCAGUGCCA